UCAUGGCUUCCACUUCAAAAAUGGUCUCGAUCAUCAUCAUGUAUAUGCCACUUCUAUUCACCAAAGCCUUUUCACAAUGUGAAGAUGAAACCAACAACCCUUGUAACAACAAAUCGAAGGCUUUGUCUUUGAAGAUCAUCGGAAUUGUUGUGAUCCUUGUCACCAGUAUUCUUGGUGUAUGCCUGCCUCUCAUCACUCGAUCUAUCCCGGCCCUUAGCCCCGACCGUAGUCUUUUUGUCAUGGUUAAAGCUUUUGCUUCCGGCAUUAUAUUGGCUACUGGAUUUAUGCACGUGUUGCCAGAUUCUUUUGACAUGCUGAGAUCUAGUUGUUUGACUGAUAACCCUUGGCAUAAGUUUCCAUUUACGGGCUUCGUUGCCAUGUUAUCAGCUAUUUUCACACUCAUGGUGGAUUCCAUGGCUACAAGCACGUAUACAACGAAACACACCACCAUAUCCACCGCUGGAGACCACGAGAUGGCGGUGACAAAUGGUGGUGUGCAUUUCCAUGGACACCAUCAUUCCCAAAAGGGCCCAAUAGGAUCACAACUUCUUCGCUAUCGUGUCGUAGCCAUGGUGCUAGAACUUGGAAUAGUAGUGCAUUCAAUAGUGAUUGGACUUGGAGUUGGGGCCUCAAAUGAUGUCUGCACAAUUAAGCCAUUGGUAGCAGCUCUUUGUUUCCAUCAAAUGUUUGAAGGAAUGGGUCUUGGUGGUUGCAUUCUUCAGGCGGAAUAUAAGCUGAUGAAGAAAGCAAUAAUGGUUGUUUUCUUCUCGAUAACAACUCCAUUCGGGAUUGGUCUAGGGAUUGGAUUGUCGAAGACAUACAAAGAGAACAGUCCGAGUGCAUUGAUCACGGUGGGAUUGCUGAAUGCUUCAUCAGCUGGACUACUUAUCUACAUGGCGUUGGUUGAUCUUUUAGCAGCUGAUUUCAUGGGUCCAAAGCUCCAAGGAAGCAUUAAGCUUCAAAUUAAAUCUUAUGCCGCCGUCUUGCUUGGCGCCGGCGGGAUGUCUUUGAUGGCAAAAUGGGCUUAAAGUUCCAACUCUGAUCAUGGU